CAGAAAUCUGAAACCACUUUGAGAACUUAUAGCGCAGCAUUUACUGAGAAAAAUGGCCAAACGGUUUCAUCUUUAAUGAAUGAAUCACAGGCUGAGAACCAGAAAUCUGGAUUCUGUUAUGCACAGGGAGAAGAGUCCAGUGAUGUGGACGGCACAACCAAUUUAACAGGGACAACUCUAAGAGCAUCUAAAGAGGAUCAAUUUUCUGAGAACUAUGGUGACCUAAACGAGUCACCCAUGACAGCCAGUAGCCAGCCUCAGAUGUAUCAUUCAGCUGUGAGAAAUUCCCAGAAAAUAUUGGUCUGCACCUCCACUCAUAAUUCC